GGUGAAUCGAAACGCGUCUUGCUAUUGCAUUCUGGAGGCAGCAUCUUCUCACUUGGGCCUCAGCUGUAGCUCCAAUCGAGCCUGUCAGCUGGGCGGUCCCAUGAAGAGUGAGGGCAUUUGGAACCCACAGGAGAUUGUCCCUGCCAUCAUUGCCACUUCUAUUAUACGGGGACAGAUUCCAACAGCGCGGGGUGAAUUGAAUAACAUCAAUCGGGUCCCCUCGAACUUGCCGCACAGAUCAUGGUGGCACUUUUUGUGACUCGUCACCAGGAACUGCAGAAUGGCAACCAGUCUCCGUUUGCCGUCUUCAAUCUGGUCAAUCCUUCCACGACCAGUUGGUUGGAUAUGAUUUCAGCUGUGCAGGAGUUUUGUGACGUCGAGAUGGUUUUGUUGAGCGCGUGGGUGGCGGAGCUAGAGAAGCUCGACGCGUCAGCCAGGGAGAUCGAGGAGCAGUGGCCGGCACUGAAGUUCCUCCCGUUGCUCCGGAUCACCCCGAGUGAUGCCAUUAAGCCCUUUGGGGUGGAAACAAGCCGUACCCAAGCAGCCAGGGCAACUUUGAAGGGACUGUCGCCGCCAUGGCAGGACAGGUUUCGCAACUGGUUGCAGUAGUGGAAGUUUUCCAAGGAGUUGAUGCUGUACUGAGGCCCAUUUCCAUUUCGAGCCUAGCGCGUCAUGUGCCAACUGGUGUUUAUUCUUUGUUUUACUUUUGCUUUGUUCUGUCCUGUUUUUACAGGGUAAUGGAUUACCGAAGAUGCUGUAAUUGAAUGCUGGGUUUAUCCAGGUCAUUCUCGUUACAACGCAAACAAAGCAAUAGUCCUACUACCAUUCUUUCAUCUCUCCUGUAUGAAAGUAUC